UUCCAAUCUACUCAGAACAACCCUCUCUCUCCAGCAGAGAGUGUCACCUCCUGCUUUAGAUCAUCAAGCUCUGCUAACUGGACCUCACCCUGCCUGCAGGGUUACACUGCAAAGCUUUCACCCUUCCGCACCUUGUCUGGGGGUACAUUUCUUCUGCGGAAUCUCAGAAAAUCAAAUUCCAUCCUAAGAAUAUUUCACCAAGAAUUUCCUUAGGAGCUGUGCUGGGGUCCUCUGAUGAUACACCAGCCACUUGUGCUACUACCUGUCAAAACUAUGGAUGGCCCUACCUUCAGGUCAUGACCCUGGAUUUAAGAAAUUUUUCAAGACAGUUUUGAGUAUAAUCCAAGAGAAAAUGUGAUUUGAGUCUGGAGACAAUUGUGAAUAUCAGCUAAUAAUAAAAGCCCAGUGUAGCUGAUCGAAGAGAAAACAUUAUUUGGAAGUUUGCUACAAUAAAAAGAAAAGUUUCUUCUAGUUUGAUUUAUAUUAUAUAGCAUAUUUCAUCUUGGCUUUAAUGAUGGAGAAAAAGUGUAUCCUGUAUUUUCUGUUUCUCUUGCCAUUUUUUAUGAUUCUUGUCAUAGCAGAAUCAGAAGAAGAGAACCAUGGUGACUUAAUUCAGUUGGGUGUUACUAGAAAUAAAAUCAUGACGGCUCAAUAUGAAUGUUACCAAAAAAUUAUGCAAGACCCUGUUCAACAAACAGAAGGCAUUUAUUGCAACAGAACCUGGGAUGGAUGGCUGUGCUGGAAUGAUGUUGCUGCAGGAACGGAAUCAAUGCAGCACUGCCCAGAUUACUUUCAGGACUUUGAUCCUUCAGAAAAAGUUACAAAAAUCUGUGACCAAGAUGGAAACUGGUUUAGACAUCCAGCAAGCAACAGAACAUGGACAAAUUAUACCCAAUGUAAUGUUAACACACAUGAGAAAGUGAAGACUGCACUGAAUUUGUUUUAUCUGACUAUAAUUGGACAUGGAUUAUCUAUUGCAUCACUGCUUAUCUCACUUGGUAUAUUCUUUUAUUUCAAGAGCCUAAGUUGCCAAAGAAUUACCUUGCACAAAAAUUUGUUCUUCUCUUUCGUUUGUAACUCUAUUGUAAUAAUCAUUCAUCUCACUGCAGUGGCCAACAACCAGCCCUUAGUGGCCACAAAUCCUGUUAGCUGUAAAGUGUUCCAAUUCAUUCAUCUUUACCUGAUGGGCUGUAACUACUUUUGGAUGCUUUGUGAAGGCAUUUACCUACACACACUUAUUGUGGUGGCUGUGUUUGCAGAGAAGCAGCACUUGAUGUGGUAUUAUUUUCUUGGCUGGGGAUUUCCACUGAUUCCUGCUUGUAUACAUGCUGUUGCCAGAAGCUUAUAUUACAAUGACAACUGUUGGAUCAGUUCUGAUACCCAUCUCCUCUACAUUAUCCAUGGCCCAAUUUGUGCUGCUUUAUUGGUGAAUCUUUUUUUCCUAUUAAAUAUUGUACGUGUUCUUAUCACCAAGUUAAAAGUUACUCACCAAGCAGAAUCCAAUCUCUACAUGAAAGCUGUGAGAGCUACGCUUAUCCUGGUGCCAUUACUUGGCAUUGAAUUUGUACUGUUUCCAUGGCGACCUGAAGGAAGGAUUGCAGAGGAGGUGUAUGAUUACAUCAUGCACAUCCUCAUGCACUAUCAGGGUCUUUUGGUAUCUACAAUUUUCUGCUUCUUUAAUGGAGAGGUUCAAGCAAUUCUGAGAAGAAACUGGAAUCAAUAUAAAAUCCAAUUUGGAAACAGCUUUUCCCACUCAGAUGCUCUCCGUAGUGCAUCUUACACAGUGUCAACAAUCAGUGAUGGUGCAGGUUACAGUCAUGACUGUCCAAGUGAACACUUAAAUGGAAAAAGCAUCCACGAUAUUGAAAACGUUGUCAUAAAACCGGAAAAGUUAUAUGACUGAUAAUAGAGCGUGUAUUGCCGAACUAUCUUGUUCCACUCCUAACUCAAGGACUUGGAUCCAUGACUUUACAACCAGAAGACUUCAAUAUUAAAUGAAUUAUUUGAAGGUGACAAAGAAAACCCUCACAUGAUUUCAGUAGUGUGUUGAUAAAUGUUUCACACUAGCUCCAUGGAGGAAAACAGUCCUAAUUCGUAAUUUUUGCCAGUUUUUAUGGUGUAAGUAAUCCCACCAUGGCUGAUUUCAAGUUACGAACUUGACAUCAGUGAAUGUGGAGUUGGGUAAAAAUGAGCACAAUCAGUUGUUGUAGGUUGGUGUGAGCCAGCUCCAGCACACCACUGCAUGAAUCCACAAAUAAAUAGACCAUAAAAGUUCAUAGACACAAUGGGCACAAUUCCACUCCUGUUGCCUAAAGAGACCUAGCUAUGGCCUAUAGACUUGGAAAGAAAAUGAGCUUUUCAUUUGUUUUUAAAAUCUUUAUCCCAUAUUCCUUGGUGAAGUUGAUUUUUUACCUUGAAAGUAUUCUAGCCUUUUUUGUUUUUAUUUUUUCAAAUGGACCAGAUAAAGAAUUAAUUAUUCCUGUUUGCUUACCCUCUUCUCCCCACAAAAAAUAAAUGAGCAGAAUUGCUGUUGGCUACUCAUUUGCUGAUUCAUCACAGUUAUACCCCUUGUCAUAUCCAUUUUUGAGGCUUGAUGAAUAGUAUGUAUGAUACACAAUCCUACUUUGGUAUCAUUAGGGAGAAAUCUUGGUUGAUACUACAAAACAUGUGGUUGACUACUUUCCCAUCUUACUACACGAGUGGGAAGGAAUUCAUGUCCAUAUACCUGUAAAUAGAAACUUUGCCCCUUCCAUUUCUACUAUGUGGACAAAUUAGCAAUUAUUUUACAUGAAGGAAAUCAAUGAAGGAUUUCUUAUUUUCUUAAAAGUCUGUAAAAAAAUUGUGAAAGGUAAGCUUGUAAAUACUCUGUUAUUCUAUUUUAUAGUCUCAAAUAUAUACAAUCUAGGUAAUUUUUUUAAAAAACAAAUACUUAAUGUAACAGUGUGUGCAUGUUAAUAUCUGAUACUGUGUCUGGGCUGAUUUUAUAAUAAAAUAGAAUCUGGAAUUCUUUAUUUGGUAACUAUUUUAAAGACAACCAGAUGCCAGCAUCAGAAGUUUGAGAACUAAGUUUGAGAAAUAUCUAUGAUAAGAUAUAAAAUAUUUAUUUAAAAAAUCCUCAAGGCCAUUGUUUUAUUGAAUAUAUUAGCUUUGGU